UUGUGUGUAGUGCCAUAAAUACAAUAUCUAACAUUAUUUUAAUUACAAUUUAGAAAUUUUAUUUUUGCUUGUGUAUAUAAAAAGGUACUACAAAAUGCAUGUACUUGUACGACAAGGAAUCGACAAGGCUCUCACGAUAUAUAUUGAUUCCAUUUUAAUCACUGUUGAAGAAUUUCGAAAAUUAAUUGAUGAGAAGUUCAAAGUAGCCCCCGAGAGACAGAGACUUUUAUUUCGAGGCAGAGAGCUAGAAGACGGUAAAAGAUUUCAUGAUUAUAAAAUAAAACAAAAUGACUUAAUCCAACUAGUCUCUCGGAUUUUGCAGUCCGAGUUACCUUCAGUUGCACCAGUUUGCACAAAUAAAGUUGUCGAAGAAAAACCAAAAGAUAAAUUUGAAGAUUCUUCUGACAGUAAAUAUUACCAUGUUGGUGAUUUGGUAGACGGUCAAGAUAUAACCCACGGUGCAUGGUUUGAAGGAGAAAUUGUUAGAAUUGUAAAAAAUCCUGAAUCGACUAAUACCAAAGCUGGCCAGAGUUCCCAAACAACUUCCAAUAAUAACUUAGAGAAUUUAAAAGAUGAUGGGCUUCUAUACUUGGUCAAAUUUAAAGUGUCUUCAGAUGAUGAACCCAUGGAAUUAAAGUUGGCAUGUAUUAGACCUAGAGCACGCACAAAAUUAAAUAUAGAUGAUUUAAAACCUGGACAAAGGGUUAUGGUUAAUUAUAAUACAGACGAUAUCAAAGAAAGAGGCUAUUGGUAUGAUUUAGAAAUAUCAGACAUUAAAUCAGGAAGAAAAGUCAAACAUUUAAUUGGUACUUUAUACAUGGGACAUGAAAACGUUCGAGAAGAAGACUGUAAAGUCGUUCAGUUAGAAGACAUUUAUCAAGUUGAAACACACAAACUGUUAACAGACAGGACUGAUGCCGAUGAAAAGCUAAUGAAAACUGACACAGAAUUAAGGUACCUUGCUUUUUACUGCUUGAAAUGUCGUGAUGAUAAUUCUAAAGAUUGCAAAAAUUGCGGUUGCUCUGUUUGUUCAAAAAAAGAUAAUGCGGAUAACAUAAUUUUAUGUGAUGAGUGUGAUAAAGGAUAUCAUAUACAAUGUCUAACACCGCCCUUGGACAAACUACCAGAAGAAGAUAAUUGGUAUUGUCCUGAGUGCAAGACAGAUGUCAAUAGUAUUGUUAAAAGCGGUAGUACAACAAAACAACAAGUGCGGAAUGUAAAUACCUCCAAAGACUGGGGAAGAGGAAUGGCAUGUGCUGGUCGUACGACAACAUGUACCAUAGUACCACCUGAUCACUUUGGUGCUAUUCCAGGAGUUCCGGUUGGCACUUGCUGGAAAUACAGAAUUCAAGCAAGUGAAGCUGGUGUUCAUCGCCCACCGGUUUCAGGUAUACAUGGUAAAGCAACUAUAGGUGCUUUUAGCAUAGUUCUUGCAGCAGGUUAUGAAGACGAUAAGGAUGAUGGUCUAGAAUUCACUUACACUGGUUCUGGUGGUCGAGACCUCUCCGGAAAUAAACGCACAGCGGAACAAAAUCAUGAUCAAAAACUGACUAGGGAAAAUGAAGCUCUUGCUAAAAAUUGUAAUAUACCUUUAAACCAAAAAGGUGGUGAAGCUAAAGAUUGGAAAAAGGGGAAACCAGUAAGAGUAAUUCGUUCAGAAAAGUUAGUUAAACAUAAUCCAAAAUAUGCACCAAAAGAAGGCUUGAGGUAUGAUGGUAUAUACAAAGUUGUUAAAUACUGGCAGCAAACUGGGCAAUCUGGGUUCAAAGUUUGGAGAUAUUUACUAAAAAGAGAUGAUCCUGCACCAGCGCCAUGGGAGGAAAAUGGUGUUACGCUUCCAAUAAUAUAUCCAGACAACUAUUUGGAAGCACAGAACGAAAAACUAUCCAAGAAAAGAAAAGCUGAGGAUAGUUCAAGUAAAGCAACUAAAAAACAAAAAUCUGAUGAUGCUAAAUCAGAAUCUAGUCCUGUUGUUAUCCCUGAACAUAAGCUGACUGAAGAGCAGAGCGAGAAAAUAUCAAAAGAUACAAUAAACAAAAAAUUAUGGGAUCUGUGUCUGGAGAAAUUGCCUGAAGGAGAAAAGAAAUUUGUUGACUGUGUUCAAUCUACAUUUGCUUGCAUCAUUUGUCAAGAAAUUUGUGUUAAACCAAUUACAACUCCAUGUUUGCACAAUAUGUGUUUGUCUUGUAUGAAAAGAUCUUUUGCUGCAGAAGUAUACACUUGUCCAUAUUGCAGACAAGAUUUAACAAAAGAGUACAAAUUCAAAAUUAAUGAAGAAUUAUCAGCAAUUUUAAAAUGUUUACUACCUGGGUAUGAUGCCCGAUGAUAAAUACCAGUGAUUAAAUUAUAAGCUUA